AUGGAGGAAAAGUCACCGCACAACCCUGGUAGACUGGGGAGUGUUGCUACACUUGCCUCACUCGACGAGGCGUUAGGACAGCUUGAUAUCUCAACGAAAGAUGCCGACGAGGCCUUUGCUUUCCUCAGGGACCACCCCAAUGCCGUCGAGAUCCGCGAAGAGGCAGUCGCCAUUCUGUCCGACCCAAAAUUGACCAAGAAGCUGUUGAGGAAGAUUGAUUUCACCAUCAUACCGUGCAUGAUAGCCGUGUACUUCCUCCAAUUCCUCGACAAGACGACCAUUUCAUACGCCGCAAUCAUGGGCCUUCGAACGGACACUCACCUGAAAGGUCAAGACUAUUCGAAUAUAGCCAUGAUGUUUUACAUCGGUUACCUCGUGGCAGAAUUCCCUACACAAUACCUGGCGCAACGCAUCAGUAGGUUGGGCAAGUACCUUGGCGUUAACGUUAUGUGCUGGGGAGUUGUGCUAUCUUGUAUGGCUGCCACUACAUCUUACGCAGGCUUGAUGGUCUGCAGAGUACUUCUGGGUAUUUUCGAGGCGCCUGUCGCACCGAUUCUCGUCUUGAUUAUUGCUAUGUGGUACAAAAAGGGAGAGCAGGGCCGCCGCGUCAGCUACUUCUACGUUUGUAACUCAAUUACACAAAUCUUCGGCUCCGGCAUCGCCUAUGGCGCAAGUUUCACAAAGGGCAAGUUCGCCAGCUGGCGUAUCUUUUUCCUGAUCAUCGGUUUGAUGACCAUCCUUUUCGGCGGCUUAGUUGCCACAUUUCUCCCUGACUCGCCUGUCAAGGCUAUGCGUUUCACCGAUGCUGAGAAGGUUGCCGCCUUGCUGCGUGUCAAAGAGAACCAGUCGGGCACACAAAACGCCAAGAUCAAGAAGGAGCAAGUCAUUGAGUCGCUGAAGGACGUCCGGGUUUGGUUGGUCUUCUUGUCCGUGUUGUUGACAUCAAUCCCUAAUGGUGGCCUGUCAAACUUCUCGUCGAUCCUCCUUACAACGUUUGGCUACAGCAGUCAGCAGGCACUCAUCUUGGGCAUGCCUGGAGGUGCCGUUGGUAUUUUUAUCGUCCUUCUUUCCGGUUAUCUCUCCGACAAAUGGAACGACCGAUCUUUGGUCAUGCUCAUCUGCUUGAUACCCACCAUUAUCGCUGCCGGUCUCAUGUAUGGGCUUGAUCCGACCGGUGUUCCCCACAACAAGGGUGCUCUGCUCUUCGCUUCUUACCUCAGUGGAACAUUUGGUGCUGCUUUCAUGUUGCUACUCGCAUGGAACGCCAGCAACCUUGCCGGUCACAGCAAGAAGGUCACUUGCAAUGCGUUGACAUUGGUGGGCUUCUGUCUCGGCAACAUAUUGGGCACCCAGACGUUCCAGCAAAGUGAGGCGCCAGGCUACAAGAGUGGAAAGAUCGCCAUCGUGGCAUGUUUGACGGCGCAGGUCUGCGUUUGCUUCGUCUUGAGAUACUGUAACGACCGCCUCAACAAGAAGAACAGGGAGGCUCUGGCGUCCAUGAGUGAGGAGGACAAAUCUUUGGCCCGGGAGAAAUUGGCUUACAGUGACGAAACCGACCGACGCAACCCAUUCUUCAUGUAUACUCACUGA